GUAAAAGUACAUAAGAUAUCACAUUAUUGGUCAGUUGUCUAACGUGCUCGUCUCUCCUCCAUUACUCUGUGCAGUGAUGUCAUGCUUUGGUGCAGAUGUGGAGUCCUACUGGCUCUCUGCAUCUGUCCACUAACGUGCCUCACGAUGUCCCCCUGUCCGCCGGGCUGCUGCUGUCCUCGCCCGGGAUUUCUGGUUCUGUGCGAGUCCCUGAAUCUCAGGUCACUUCCUCGCUCCGUCCCUCUCAGCACCUCGGCUCUGUCCGUGGCCAGGAACCAGCUGUGUAACGUGGACCACCUGCUCCGGCCCUUCUCCAGCCUCCAGGAGCUCAGUCUCAGUCACAACCUGCUGGCCCGCUUCCCUCGGGGCCUGCCCCCCAGCCUGGAGUCCCUGCUGCUGCAAGAGAACCGCAUCACGUACAUCACGACGGGAGCCCUGAGGCAGCUGGUGAACCUGACUCAUCUGGACCUGGAGGACAACCACAUCCGAGCCAUCCAGCCCGGGGCUCUCCAGGGUCUCAUCAGGCUGCAGGUCCUGACACUGAAGGGGAACAACCUCACCGGCCUCCCCAGGAACCUCCCCCCGUCACUCACACACUUGGACCUCUCAGCUAACUGCAUCUCGACCCUGGACCUGCCCUCGCUGUCCCCCCUGGUGAACCUGCAGGUCCUGAAGAUCAACAGCAACUGUCUGCGCUCGGUCCCAGACAGAGCCUUCGACGGGCUGCCACGUCUCCGGUCUGUGGACCUCACCGACAACCUGUGGGUGUGCGAGUGUGACAUCUUGUAUCUCUACCGCUGGCUGCUGAGCGCGAGGCUGAAGGUGGCGACAGACCUGGUGUGCACCGAGCCCGUCCAUCUCGCUCACCGCCCGCUCCUGAACCUCUCGCUCACCGCGAUCUGUCCUCGUGUCCUGACGCCAAAUGAGAGGACGCCACGAUCAGACCUCAACUCUGCACUGGGGAGAAAGCUGGCGACAGCGAAGCCAACAGAACGAAGCUCGUUUGACAACAUGGAGGAUUUGGGGGACAUGCCAAUUUUAAAGUUAUCCACUGAUGCUGUCUUUUCCAAAGAUGUUCCAGAGACUCGUGCGUUACUUGAACACUUCACUUUACAGACGCUCACCUAUGAGGAGUGUUUAUUCCUCAAUAGAACUCAGUCUGUGAGCCCAUCACACUUAAAGACUGUUACUUAUCGCCCUGAUGAGGAGCAGAAGCAUCGAGACAACAGCUCAGGUCGAUACCCUCAGAGCAGCACGACCUCUGCUGGAGAGACUCAGUCGUUACUCUCUACAGACAGAGACGCACCCUGGCUCACUGCAGCCCCUCGACAGUUCACACAACAGAACUCUGCAGCGGUCAUCUCUCUGCUCACUGUGCUGUGUGUGUUAGUGACUCUCCUAGUGCUGGCAGUGCUACUUGUGCUGAGACUGGUGCUUCGGCGCCAAAUGAGGGUGGCCCCGCUGGAUGCAGGAUCUGCUGGAUGAAAUCAGCUCGGACUCACUGGAAAUGUUUUAUUAUUUAUUUAAUU